UCCCCUUCGUCCUCUCUCCCCCGUUGACAAUGAAUAGUUCCCCUUUCUCUUCUCGACCUGCGUCGUGUGUAGAGAGAGAGAGAGAGAGAGAGAGAGAGAUGGAGGAGGCGACGGGAAUGGCGAGGGUGGAGAAGGUGAGGGGGAGAUCGACCGUAACGCGCUGCUUCUCCAAGUACCCUCUCAAGCUAAUCCUCCCCAAAAAGGUGGGCUCCGUCCAUGUCGAUGCGGUUUGGAUCUACACUCUCUCCUACGGCGGCGGCAUCGUCUCGGGAGAUCGAGUUUCGUGUCGGAUAAGCGUCGGUGACGGGUGCACGGCGGCUAUGACAACUCAAGCUUCAACAAAGGUAUACAAGUCUGUGGAUUCAAAGUGCUCCGAGCAGAUCUUGGCGGCUAGAAUUGGAAAAGAUGCGCUUCUCGCGGUUAUUCCAGAUCCUGUGACCUGCUUCUCAACUGCUCGAUACUCCCAGAAGCAAGUAUUCAGACUCUUUUCGGAUUCAAAUUUGGUUGUUGUUGAUUGGAUUACCAGUGGGCGUCACGAAAGCGGAGAAAAAUGGGACUUUGAGCACUACAGGAGUACCAAUCACAUUUUCUUAGAAGAAGAACAACCGCUUUUUCUCGACUCGGUUGUACUAGAACAAAAAUCGAGUGUCAGUAUCGCUGAAAGGAUGCAGCAAUACCAUGUAAUUGCGAUGGUCGUAAUCCUGGGGCCAAGGCUAAAGCAUACUCAGAAUCAAAUACAAGAUGAAGUGAAGAAGAUGAUGUCCGGGCAAUUCCGACUUCCUACGUCCACUUCAGGCCGUUAUGCGAGAUCAGAAUCCAAACAUUGCCAAAUACCGCCACCUUUUAUCGCCUCUUGCAGUUCUUUCGGGCCUCAGGCAGUCGGCUUGGUGAUUCGAGUAGCGGCAACGACCACAGAGUCCGUAUACAUGUUCUUAAGGCAUCAUCUUGCUUCAUUGGAGCCAUUUCUGGGAGUUGCACCGUAUUUCCAAUCGGGACGAUGAAUGCCUGUUCGAUUUCAGCGCGAACCCGGGUCGAGUUGCGUUUGUGACGGUCGCAAGAUGGCGCGCGUUUCAGCGUCUGAAGACGACCAUUUUUCUUGCCUUUUAUUAUUUAAAUAUCUUUUAAGCUGUUGAAGUUCCUGCUGUGUAUUUAUUGGAAGGAAUUUGUUUUCUUUCACAGUAUAUAAUUUCGUUCAAAUUAAAGUUUUCCAGUUCGAUAUUA